CCCUCCCGUUCUCUCGACUUGACUUUGCUUUCUUUCCGGGCUUAGAUCGAGAGUGAAGCUCGUAUUGGAGUGCGUGCUUGCUUGAAGUCGACCGGUUUCUUCCCUCUGUGGAUUCUUUGAACCUGAACGGCCCUCGACUUCGGUCGUAGCUGGACAAGAUGGUCAAAUUCAGCAAGGAGACGGCCUCGAUUGGCAUCAUCGGCAUGGGCGAUAUGGGCAAGAUGUAUGCCCAGCGGCUCAGCAGGGCAGGGUGGAGGAUAAAUGCAUGUGACAAGGCAGAUGUCUAUGAGUCUCUUAAAACCGAAUUCGAUUCUCUCAGUGGUGUCACCAUCCUUCCCAAUGGGCACCUGGUUUCAAGGGUUAGCGAUUAUAUUAUUUACAGUGUAGAAGCCGGUGUGAUCGACAGGGUAGUAGCCGAGUACGGCCCAUCGACCAAGCUCGGUGCGAUCGUCGGCGGCCAAACCUCGUGCAAGGCCCCCGAGCUGGCAGCCUUCGAUAAACACCUUCCCCCGGAUGUAGAAGUUAUCUCCUGCCACUCACUGCACGGCCCUAACGUCAACCCGAACGGCCAACCGCUGGUCCUGAUCAAACACCGCGCCUCAGACGAGAGCCUCCACACAGUCGAAGAGGUCCUCUCGUGCUUCGGCUCCGAAUAUGUCUACCUCACCGGCGAGAUGCACGACCGCAUCACGGCCGACACCCAGGCCGUCACGCACGCCGCCUUCCUGAGCAUGGGCACCGCCUGGCAGGCCAACGCCUGUUUCCCCUGGGAAUUCGGCCGCUGGGUCGGCGGCAUCGAGAACGUCAAGAUCAAUAUCACCCUGCGCAUCUACUCCAACAAGUGGCACGUCUACGCCGGGCUAGCUAUCCUCAACCCGGCCGCGAAGCGGCAGAUUCGCACCUAUGCCGAGUCGGUCACUGAGCUGUAUAAGCUUAUGAUCCAGGGUCGUCGGGAUGAGCUCAAGAGCCGCGUGAAGGCUGCCGGAGAGGCGGUCUUUCGGGCGGGAACCACCCGACAGGACCUGCUGCUGAAAGAUGACGUCCUGGACCGCUACUCGCUUUCGAAUCAGCCUCGCGAGGAACAGCGUCGGAACAGCCACCUCAGUUUGCUUGCUAUUGUGGACUGCUGGUCUAAGCUCGGCAUCGUGCCUUAUGACCACAUGAUAUGCUCGACUCCUCUAUUCCGCCUCUGGCUGGGUGUCACCGAAUACCUAUUCCGCAGUCCUGACCUUCUAGAAGAAGCGCUAGAUACUGCGAUCGACGAUCGCCAUUUCAGGUCGGACGAUUUGGAAUUCACGUUCGCGGCUCGGGCAUGGUCCGACUGUGUCUCCUUUGGCGACUUCGAAUCCUACCGUGACCGAUUCGAGCGGAUCCAGGAGUACUUCGCUCCUCGAUUCCCCGAGGCAGUCAAGCUUGGCAACGAGAUGAUGAAAACUAUUCUCGAGAAGACUACCAGCGGGGGACCUUGAGAUACCCCCGCGGUAGGGAAAGGGCGCGUGGGUGGCUAGAAUAACGUUGAAGCUAUCUAAAUAAUGUAUGUCGUGGCAAGGUCGGCUGCGCCAUUGCCUAGAUUCCAUAGUCCACGCGGGUUGCGAUCAGACCGGGUAUUUCAUGAGUCUGCUCGCCUUUGGUAUGCUGAUAGUCGGAUGGUGGGGGAUCAACUUUGACCUGUAUGUCAACCAAUUAGAGGCAAAUGCCUUUAUGGCGGGACAAUCU